UCUCCACUCGACGCGCGCAGAGCUGACUGAGGCUCAGGACAACCAUUGCAGUGCAGUGGAACAGAGAUUACGCCAACACAACAUCCUCCGUGUGUGUGUGUGUGUGAAGGCGUGAUGGGUGAAGAGUUCUUGGAAAGAGUUUCGACCGACAGAGCAGUCGAACAGGCAAUUAUGGCCGUAAAGAAGGGCGCGUAUCUUUUGAAGUGUGAAGGAAUGAGAAGGCCCAGAGUCUGCCCUUUCAGGAUUUCUGUGGAUGAGAAGUUUAUGAUUUGGUAUUCAGGCCAAGAGGAAAAGCAAUUGAGACUAAGCUCAGUUACUGAAGUUAUUCGUGGACAGAGGACUGUAAAUUUUCAGAAGCAACUUCAACCAGACAGGGAGGCACAGUCAUUUUCUCUCAUCUAUGCUGAUGGUAAACGCUCAAUUGAUCUGAUAUGCAAGGAUCACGCACAGGCCGAUUCUUGGUAUCUGGGCUUGAAAACCAUCAUAUCGAAGUGUCAACAUUCCAGACCAUUUGCGAGUUUCAGAAGCCCAAGUGGUGUUCAAACUUGUGUCAACAGUCCAGCAGGUUUUAUGCGGAGAAAAUACAACCUAGGACUUCUUGAAGAUACUGCAGGAUUUUGCCAGGUGCGCAGCUUAUGCGGGAGUCCUGCGUUAUCACUUUCAAAAAGGUAUUUCUCCGAAGGCUCCUCCAAUUCUUCUGAUAGCUUUUAUUCAUCAGAGUCGAGCACGUCGCAGGUCCAUGAUAUCACAUAUUACAACAAUCCUGAGUUCUUGUCUGCUGAAUCAAAGAAUCUAAGUAAGUCAGAAUCAUCUUAUGGUGGCAGAGAUAUUCAAAAGGACUUGCCUAGACAGUUUGCCUCACCUGAUUACAGCUCUACUCAUGUUCAACCAAACAAAAACCUGAAGGAUAUCUUCAUCUGGGGUGAAGGAGCUGGAGGGGCACUCAGAGGAGUGGUUGAUAAAUCUGUCGACAACACUGGAAUGCUGAGGGAUUCCUUGUUCCCCAGACUGUUAGAAUCCGCAAUGAUGUUAGAUGUGGAGCAAAUAUCUUUAGGAGGAAAACAUGCUGCCUUAGUUACUAAACAGGGAGAAGUGUUUUGCUGGGGUGAGGCAGACAAGGGAAAACUGGGACAUAAGGUUAAUAUGGAUGAGAGUUGUCCAAAACUAGUCGAGUCCUUAUCCAUGGUCCAUGUAAAAUCUGUUACUUCUGGUGAACAUCAAACAUGUGCUGUCACUCUAUCUGGCGACUUAUAUGCUUGGGGCGACUAUAACAUUGGGUCUGACUUAGCUGUUGAGGAGAGAAGUAGAAAUCAAUGGUUGCCAUGUAAAAUUUCUGGUCCUCCUAAUGGUAUUAAGGUAUCAUCUGUUUCUUGUGGAAUAUGGCACACUGCUAUUAUUACCACUUCAAGACAGUUGUAUACAUUCGGGGAUGGGACUUUUGGUGUUCUUGGGCAUGGGGAUCUUCGGAGUAUCUCAUGGCCAAAAGAAGUUGAAUCUUUCAGAGGCUCUCGAGUGAAAUCUGUUGCGUGUGGACAUUGGCACACUGCUGCCAUUGUGGAAGUUGUGUCAGAUCGUUUGUCACCAAGUGGUGUGAGUGGGAAGUUAUUUACUUGGGGUGAUGGGGAUAGAGGGAGGCUCGGGCAUGGUGAUCAAGAGAAAAGGCUUCUUCCGACUUGUGUUGCAAAACUUGUGGAUCAUGAUUUCGUCCAAGUCUCUUGUGGACGAACAUUUACUGUUGCACUUACCAAGUUGGGUAAGGUGCACACAUUAGGUAGUGGAAUGCACGGGCAAUUGGGGAAUCCACAAGCCAUGGACCAAUCAAUCAUUGUCAUUGAAGGAAAGCUUAAGGAUGAAUUUGUCAUGCAGAUUGCAACAGGGUCCUAUCAUACAGCGGCGUUGACAUCUCGAGGAAGCGUUUAUGUUUGGGGAAAGGGUGCACAUGGACAGCUAGGAUUGGGCAAUACUGAAGACAGAGGCUCACCAACGUUGGUCGAGGCCUUGUGCAACAGAAUAGUUGAAAGCAUAUCUUGUGGUUCAAAUACAACAGCCGCUAUCUGCAUACAUAAAUUUGUUUCAGUUGGUGACCAAACAGCUUGUAGUAGAUGCAGAGUCCCUUUUGGAUUCACAAGGAGGAAGCACAACUGCUAUAACUGUGGUUUAUUGAUCUGUCAUACUUGCAGUAGCAAUAAAGUCAAGAAUGCAUCUCUGGCACCAAACAGAAACAAACCUUCACGAGUUUGUGAUCCGUGCUUCGUCAAACUGAAAAUAGAUACUUGUUCUAAUUCAGAAAAAGAUGUUCAAAAACAGCUGUCAAUCCCACAUAAUAGAUUCUCAGAUGAAAAAGAAACCCCUUCACUCACUCCUAGACUGGGCCUAACUUUGCAAUGUAGGCGACCUUGUGGCAAAGUAUCGCAGUUCAGUGAAAUGCAGAUACUGCCUGAUAAAAAAGAGGGACACGAAGAUUUAGAUUUUGUUCCAUCCUUGUUGACUAGAACGCCACAAUGGGGACAGGUUUCUCGCCCUACUUGUUUUGAAUGUUCUAUGGAGCUUGCUCCUCUUCCCAAGACCCAAGCUCUCACCAUUUCUCCAAUUCAUUCGCUAACUAGACCUCCGGGAUCAAAGCUUUCUAUUAAAACUGCCACGAAUACUCAGGAAGUCAAGCCUGAAUCUGCUAAAAUGCUCUCUGAAGAGAUGCACAGAUUGAUUAAUCAGGCAAGGACUCUUGAAGAACAAUGUUCGAUCAGAAACCAGAAGAUUAAGGAGUGUCAAAGAAAACUUGAGGAAACACGGUCUCUGGCAAGGGAAGAAGCUGCUAAAUGUAAAGUAGCAAAUGAGGUUAUCAAAGCCUUGGCAGUGCAGCUCCAUAAGUUGUCAACCAAAGCCUCUGUUGGGAGCGGGACAAAAGACGGUGUUGAUGAGCAAAUGCCUCAAAAUGCACCAUCCCUGGGAGAACUGAAUGUUAUGAAAGGCCGGCAGACUAACAGUUCCUGCGGCUCUCCUACUGCAUUAACAGAUGCAUCGAAACCCCUUUACAAAAAAGACGAGUGGCGGGAUGGCUCGAAAUUGGCCCAUUCUCAUCCCGCGAGAAAAGAAGUUCAACCAAAUGUUGCUAAAGAUGUGGGGCUUGAAUGGAUAGAGCAAUAUGAGCUUGGUAUAUAUCUUACAUUCACAGCCUUGCCAAACGGGCAAAAGGGGCUGAAACGAGUGAGGUUUAGCCGGAAGCACUUCUCAGAGAAGGAGGCAGAGCGAUGGUGGGAGGAACACCAAGUCGCGGUGUACGAGAAAUACGACCUCGAAGGAUACAUGAAAUCGAGCCGCAAAUGAACAGAUGGCUCGCCUUAGUCAGCAUUUAACCAUAUAUAUCCUCUGUCGGUUCAUGGUCUGACCCUAUUCGUGAACAUUGGCACUAUGUCAAGUAAGCUAGUUCAUAUGGAAAUUUUUUUGCUGUA